CCCUUCACAUGUAUAUGUAUGCUAAAUGUCUAAGAUUUCUGCUCUUGAUAUGGAUAAUUGAACGUGUCGCUGCCUGUUCGGCUAUACACAUCGCAACAACUGGUAUAUUGCAUAACAAUCCAGCUUUUAUAUAUCGCAAUGGAGUUUAUCCUACAAUUAUAACUAGAGGACCAAGUGAAGAGCCUUAUGGCAGGAAUUUCCUGCUCUUUGACGCCGCUGAGGAAGACCUUCCUCCUGGCACCAAACAUAUAAUAUUUCGAGAUGUUGAGGCUCCAAGACCGUAUUUGUGGAAGACCAGAUGGCCGGAAACUGACAAGAAGAUCCAGUUAAGGGCUAAGAAACAUGGCGUAGGUCAAAUUUGGUCACCAGACGGGGUGGUAGAAACCGUUACUGCACUGCAUGUUCUACCCUGUACCAUCUGCGAGUUCAUGGAAUUCGGUUAUGCAAUGGUUUCUUACGGUAAACCACUCUGGGAGCGCCAUUGGAACCCUAGACCAAAGAUGGGUAAACUUUUAAAAAUUUGUGCAAACAACGCUGAUCUAUUCCCAGUAAAACUACAACCACCACAUGACUUUGUUCUGGGACAAAUUCUGGAUGCUUCUGCAUUUGUAGGAUGUACACACGUCAGAGUUACUGGAAUAACAAAAGGAAAAGGAUUUGCAGGUGUCAUCAAAAGACACGGUUUUAAGAGGGGUCCUAUGAGUCAUGGAUCUAUGCAUCACAGAGGACCCGGUUCCAUAGGACCAUCAACAACUCCAGGAUCUGUAAGACCCGGAAAAAGAAUGCCUGGUAGAGCUGGGUGUAAAAAGCGUACAUUUAGGAAGAUCAAGGUUCUAGGGCUCAACCCUGAACUCUCCAUGCUAUAUAUAAAAGGGCUGGUUGCUGGGCCAAAGGGUUCAUAUGUUACCGUUGGUACUGAUAUGCAACCUCCAGUUAAAGAACUAUUGCGUUGA